AUGCACGAAUACCAGAUUCGCGAGGAGCGCAAUAUGGAUGCCUUCGAGUGGUUGUUUGCCAAGCUUGGUGAUCUUCGGAACCGAAAGGCUCUGCCGAACUUUCCGGCAAACGAACAACGCGUAAUGAACGCAAGAAGAGUGACAAGAUAUUUGCUGUACAACACGGACCAGUACAAUACGCUGAUCAAGAGUCUACGCCUGGAGAUGGAGAAGGCCCAGAUUCGUACCAAGGUGAACGGCUUGCACGACCGUCAGAAGAAGCAAAAACAACGUAGGCUACCGGUGCGGAGGAGCAGAGGAAGCGUGAAGCCGCUCAGAACAUCCAUCAUAAGCAAGCUGCCUUCUGUUUCAAGGCUCUCGAAGCUUGCAAAGAAUGAGCGCGAAAAAGAGCGCUACGAGAAGCAGCUUAGCACCACUCUCAUUCUGUUCUUUGAUGUCGUGCGCGAUCAGUCAGUGCGUAAUAGCGAGGCCUCAAUUGCCAACGACUUUAUUGUGCACUCGUAUGGUAUCUUCCAAGACCAGAAGAACAAGUUACCGCGCGAGCUCGUUAACUUGCACGCAGACUUUGUGAAAAUUCAGGAGCCUGAGCUUUUGGAGGAGGAAGGUGACAUCGUCGAUGAUGAGUGGAUGAAGCUUGCCAUGGAAUGUGAGCACUGGACCAGCAACCGUGCGAACAUGAAGCGCGAGGACAAACUAUGUUGUGACGACGAUGCUCGCUACAAGCAGGAGCACGAGUAUGUGCGUCUGGAGGCCGAAGCUCGACAGAAGAAUGCCAAUGCUGUAAAGGCUGACUGCUGGCACUCUAGACGGAAAUUAAUGCCCGUACACGCUCAAUCGCUCAGCGGCGCUCGCGCCACCAGGCUCUUGAUAAAGCAUAUGAGAAGAAGUGGCGUGUUGUGCAAAAUGAGCGCAUCAACACCACCGAGGCGAUUCGGGAUGAACACAUGGCCCGUAUUACGCGGGCACGAAGCGCACGGAUGUCUUCAGAUCAGCUCGCUCGCCAAAUCAAGUCGCAGCCAUGCUGCUAUUUAA